CUUAUUUUUAUUAAGGUAGGAAAGGGAACUAGGAAAUGCUGGAAGCACUGACUGACUGAGUGACGACUGUGAGUCUGUUACUGAACGAUAAGGAUAAGUGCAAGUUGCAACUUGCAAGUGCAUUUCGCAAUAAAUAUUAUUUAGCAUAAAUUUUAAUCUGGAACGGUGCCUUAAAACUUUUUAUUUCUGACGUAGUAUAAUGAAUCAAGGAUGGUACUCAAAGAAAGAUGUUAUCCAGGAUCUGACAAUGGCUACAGGAAAAAACGUUUGUGAUUUGAAUGAAGAAUAUGUUAUAAUGGGAAAAAAACCUCCACCACCAUGUCAUAUGGCCAAUGAAGAAGAAGAAGAGAUGCAGAUCGCAACAUUGUACGGUGGACGAAAACCUUCAGACUAUAAAGAUAUUGGCAAGCCAGAUUUAAUGGGAAUAACGCAAAUGAUAAGAAUGGUUGAUCAGUUUUACGAAAGACCUUCAAUAGAAAAUCGGACAAACGGUGAUAAGAAACAAGUGACAAGUGACACGCUAGUUUCCAUUAGCAAAUUAAAUCCAGAUGUAGUUGAAUUCGUACCACUAAAUAAGAAACUUCCAUAUAAGUUAGAUAAAGAAGGUUUAAAUUGUAUAGAAGAUGUUAUUAAGAACAAAGAUGUAUCGUACGAAAGUGAAAAGUCUGAUAAAAGAGGAGAACAAAUAAAAAAGUCUAUAGAUAUAAAUAAAAUAAAAGAAAUAAACAAGAACAAUAAUUGUAACAAUAAUAGUUCAGGUUGUAUUGACAUUUCGCGUCUUUCGCCAUUAGAGAUGCAAGAGAUGAGACAAAAGUUAAAAACAAAAAUAAGCGGAACAUCAAACACAAACUGUGUAAAAGUAAAGCGAGAACGAAAUUUGGCUAUCGCAACAUUAGUGAAGUUACAUUGCCAACCACCAAACACAGCUGUUCCCGGGGAAGAUAAAAUUGAAUUGAAAGCACCUGAUUACUAUCAAAAAAGUCUUUCAAGUCAUGAAAAGGAUUCAAAAAUGAAGGAAUCUAUUAAAAAAUCUAGUAUAAUACCCGAUGCUGCUUUCGAAAGAACUGUUAUGAUUACAGAAAAGCCAGAGUUUAAUGAAAAUCUUGAACAUAUGGUUGAUAGUAAUAGCAAUCAGUUAUAUGUAGCAAAAGAACCAAAUGCAACAACAUCUAAAGGAAAAGAUGAUGAUAAAAAACAACCAUAUCAUAGUACACUUUGUCCAGCAAAGGAAAAUUCAGAGGUAAUACCAAAAGAAGUGAGGGAGUCGAUAGUAAAAGUGGAAAAUUGGUUCAAUAGCCCGUCGAAGAAACAAAAAGGAUCUUCAUUUUAUUUAGGACCAGUAACAUUCAAAAGGAAAGUUAGCAGUAAACCGAUGUCUCCGAUUUCAAUCGAUUCGGAAAACAGCAAUGUUCAAAAGUCGGAGACAUUCGUGCCCUCGGUGUUCGCAAAUCAAUUGUCUAAACAGUACAUGGAACGCAGUAAAGCAAGAGAGGCCAGAGAACAAGAUAUAUGGACGAAAAUAGAGUUAGAAUUGAAAGCUAAGGAUGAAAAAGUAAAAAACCAAGCUCACGUUAUAGCAUAGUUACUGGUAGUAACUGUGUACAACAAUUUAGAAUCGAACAAAUCUUAAUUACUGCACUAGUCGCAAUAAUAAGAACAAACGCAAUUUGAGAGUGACUCAUUGUUAUUCCGCGCUAGUCAUAACUUAAGUGCCGAAUGGCAAUAUAUCUUGUUGGUCUUAACGAAGAUAAGCUUUAAGACACUAAAUAAGCUCAAGACGUGUAAAAGUAUUAAAACUUUAAAUAUAAAACAUAUUUAAUGUGAAUAAUAUUUUAAUGUUGUGAAAUUAUUUUUAUAAUAAAUUGAUAUUUUAUAAUUACUAUGUAUUCCGGUUUCACAUUUUACGAUACUCCGGUAAAUACCGCUCUAUUACGAUAGUUCUACCCGAAGAUUGAAUCAAAAAAUUGUCUUAUGAAAACAAGAAAAUGACAACAGAAAAAUCAGAAAACGAUAAAAAAGUCAGCAUUGCAUGACAGUAUUCGGUUAAUAUUACCAACCGAAAAAAGAGCUGGCGUUUAAUACUACAUUAACCAGAACUUUCUGGUAAUGUAUGUAAUCAUCGCUUCUCAAGCCUUUGAAUAUUCAAUUUUCGUUUCCAAUUCGCCAGUGUAAAAACUACCAUACUCUUUCACAUAUUUAAAUGAUAAAGUCAAAUUAUUGUCCACGUAAACUUGACAGUUUUGUCAUGUCAAAGGCAAUGAUGCAAAUUUGUGGAAUAUUUCUAGUAGCUGUAACAGCAAACAUGUGAUCUCUGAUCAGAACCAGAAGUCUGGUCAUGGUUAAUUUUUACUAGAUCUUGUAGAAUAAUUAAGCCAAAUACAGAUAUUACAUUAAUUAAUGUUGAUUAUUCUUCUUGGAAGGAUCUACAUUCUGAACCAGUGGUAGCUUCAUAUUUAAUAUAAUUCUGUAAAAUGUCGAUUCAAAAUUUCUUGUAAAAGCAAACUUGAAUAAAGCUUUCCAUUCCA